AAAGCUUCUUGGAGGACCAAAAUAUCGCCAGGUUAUUUCCAUCGUUGGAAUGGGUGGAAUUGGCAAGACAACUUUAGCAAAGAAAAUAUACAACAAUUCCAAUGUUCGGUAUUAUUUUGAUUGGAUUUCUUGGUGCGUUGUUUCUCAAACUUAUAAAAAGAAAAAGUUGUUGGUUGACAUUUUGAGCUCUGCUAAUAACCUUAAAAGAGACAAAAUUUCUGAAUGGAAAAAACGAGCGCUGGCCAAAAUUUCCGAAUGGAAAAAACGAGCGCUGGCCGAACACCUUUAUAAAAAUCUAAGGGGAAGAAGAUACCUCAUUGUUAUGGAUGAUUUAUGGGAUAAAAAAGCAUGGGAUGAUUUGCAAAGGUCAUUUCCAGAGGAUGAAAACGGAAGCAGAGUAUUGUUAACCAGUCGGCUGAAGAAUGUGGCGGAGGAAUUUCAAAAGUUAUCGUUGAACCUCAAUCCCUAUCACCAGGUGAAAGUUGGACUUUGUUAGAGCAGAAGCUAUUUAAGAAAGAACGUUGCCCUCAAGAGUUGCAAGAUAUUGGAAAGCAAAUUGCAGAAAAUUGUCAUGGACUUCCGCUUUCAGUCGUCACGGUUGCUGGAGUUCUUUCAAACAUGGAGAAGAAAGAAAGCUUAUGGCAACAAGUCGCAGAAAGAUUAAGUUCUUACAUAUCCCAAAAUGCCGACGACUACAUUCCUUCAUUGAAACUUAGUUACACGCAUUUACCAAAUCACUUGAAGCCAUGUUUCCUUUAUCUUAGUGCAUUCCACAAAGGUGAGGAAAUUCCAGUUCGGAAGCUAUUGUUACUAUGGAUAGCGGACGGAUUCAUAGAGAAAAAGGAGCACGAGAUCUUAGAAGAUGAAACACAGGAGUAUCUAACGGAACUUAUUAACAGGAGCCUGCUGCAAGUUUCCGUUAGAAGAUCUGACAAUGGAGUAAAAGCAUGUAUUGUUCACGAUCUAGUACUUGAUAUGUGCUGGAAAACAGCUGAAGAAGAAAUUUUUUUUGUUUCAACAGUAAGUUAACUCAUUCUCUUUCUAAUUCCUUCUCGUUUUACUUCUCUAUUCCAAUUUAGCCUACUAAUACUAACAAUGGGUGGUAAUUUGUGGUCACUAUGUCAAUGAUGCUGGUGUUGCUGAUGCUGGUUGAACUGAUCUCCUCCAUGUUCUUGUUAUUCUACUUAUGUAGUCAAUUCUUGAUAUCUAAGCAUUUCCAUGGCUUGAGUGUGGAUCAGUCUCAUCAUCUCCCCAAGGCCUUGUUGAUUCUUUACGAAUCAGAAAAAAAUAGGGUCUUCGAAUCAACUGGAUAUGAUAUUGGGAGAAUAAAAAAUAUGUCUGACUUAAGUUACUUGGAUAUUGCAAUCCUAGAGUCAUCAAUAGCUAGACUCCAGAACCUAGAAGUUCUUCUUGUCCAUGUUCUAAAUGAUGAUAUACCAACUUACCUUCUCAAUAUGCCUAUGUUGAGACAUCUACGUGUUGGAUCCUCAGAUAUCCCCGCAAGAUUCAGUAAGAAUUGUGAUAGGUCCCGAACAAAUAGCCUACAAACCCUCUAUUAUGUUUGUAUUUAUGAUUCAGAAGACGAAGAAAUCAUCAGACGUUCCCCAAAUCUUCGUAGGCUUAAAUGCCAAUCCCCAUGCAAUCGAUGUCCUGAUCUCAACUUUCUUUCUCAGCUUGAAUCACUCACGAUAUAUGGAAGUGCAUUCGAAGGUAAUUGCUCGGUUAAUUUUCCCAAGAACAUAAAAAAGCUUACUCUUUCAGGAAUCAGUUUGCCGUGGGAAAAUAUGUCAUUAAUUGCGACAUUGCCCUUCUUGGAGAUUCUGAAACUAGAAUGCGAAGCAUUUAUAGGAGAAAUCUGGGACACCAAGGAUGAUGAGUUCCAAAAACUCAAGUUCCUUAAAUUAUAUCGCAUAUAUAUUGAACAAUGGAAUUCCUCGCGCUAUCAUUUUCCAGUACUUACACGAUUGGUGUUGCGAUCUUGCACAAAUUUGGAGACGAUUCCCUCUGAAUUUAGCUUUAUUUCAACAUUACAGAAGAUUGAGGUGGACGAUUGUAGCAUAAAUGUAAAAAAUUCAGCUUUGCAAAUUCAUGACGAACAAAAGGAUUAUAGUAACGAAGAGUUUGACGUGACCAUCUAUAGUGUUUGGGAGUGAAGACAACAUUGUUCAAUUGUUGUUCACGAUGAGAAUCCUUGACAUUCCACACCGACAUGGUGAGAAAAGAUAUAAUUUUCGGCUCUAUGUCAGUUGUUAGUUGUUCUUAUUCAUAGUAUUUUCCUUGAAGUGAACAUGAAGUUACGACUUCUUUAUAGCGAGUAAAAUUAAACAAUGGCUCAAUUGCAAAUUAUACUAUAUUAUGGUUAAUUUGACAACUGGUCGGAUCUAAAUCUUAGCCUCGAAUUUUAUUCCUUGUAAUUUUUU